AUGAAAGGGCCGUCGGGCGGGCCGGCGUCGGAGGUGAUCCGCGAGGGCGAGCUGGAGAAGCGCAGCGACAGCCUCUUCCAGCUCUGGAAGAAGAAGCAGGUGGUGCUGAGCAAGGAGAGCCUGAGCCUCUUCUCGUCCGAGGGCGGCGGCGGCGGCAGGGCCCGCGCCAAGGAGCUGCGCUUCGGCUCCAUCCAGAAGGUGGACUGCGUGGAGCGCACCGGCAAGUACGUCUACUUCACCAUCGUCACCACGGACCGCAAGGAGAUCGACUUUCGGUGCCCGGGCGAGAGCUGCUGGAACGCCUCCAUCACCAUGGCGCUGAUCGACUUCCAGAACAAGCNAGAGCAUAACCAUGGAAUACAAACAAGAUUUAAUAACUUGGAUUGUGAUUUGAUUGUGCUGAUGCAGGAAAUUAAUGAAGAAAAGCAAAGAAGGAUGAUGGAAGUUGCUAGAUUUCUUCAGAUUGAAUGA